AUGACAGUCUACCCUCUUAACAUGGCUCCUGACUCUGUCGAUGAUGACUAUAAAGGCUGUUCUGCUAAAAUGUCCAAGUUGGUGGAUACAGAAUACCUUCCCUUGGAAAAAUGUGGCACUUUUAAAGAGGCUUGGGAAAAAGCAGAGAAGGAAAUUCAAAAAAAGAAACCACAGUUAGACAAGCUGUCAAUGAAUCAUGCUAUUGCCAUUCUUGUGUAUUCGUAUGGAACGCCCGAUAUUUAUCAUGACCUCAACAAUGCUGUUCACACAAGUAAAAAAUAUUACACAACCACUUUUCAGUAUCACUCUCUUCACUUUCUGUUGAUAGAUGCCAUCCAGCGCCUUAACCCUAAAGGGAAAUGCUUUCAGGUUUAUCGGGGAACUGACGUAGAAUUUAAACAUCAGAACCCAUCAAUGAGAUUUGGCACUUUUACAUCAACCUCUGUGUAUCCGAACAAUGCCACCAAGUUUGGAAGUAAAUCAUGUUUUGAGGUGUGGACAUGCCACGGUGCAAAGGUGUCAAAAUAUUCACAAUAUCCUGAUGAGAAUGAGGUGCUGAUUCCACCCUAUGAGAAGUUUACAAUCAAAAAGAUCAUUAAAAAUCCAAAAAAUCAAACGGCUAUUAAGUGUGAGACGGUUUAUCAGCUGAAGAGUUCUGGUAUUAAAAGUAGUCUGAGGUGUGCCUUAUUCAAGAAGGCAAGUCGAGCGCUCUAGUUAACAUUGUCCUCAGGUUUCUCUCUGUCUGAACAGUCUUAUUUUGUGAAUUUAUUAAGAUGCUGAAAUUCAUUUUUUACAAACUACUUUUUUAUGGAUUUACCUUAUACUUAUGCUACGGGGUCAAGACAGUUACAAAUGAAGCAUUUACUUAGAAAUGUAUAGCGAAAGCUGUAGAAAUUCUUGAUUGUAGUUGUAUUCUCCAUUGUCUAAUGUUGCUUGCAUGGUGCUCUUUUUACCCAUGGAGACAAGAUUCUUUUAAUUAUUAUUAUUUUUCCUUUUUAUUUCCUCUGUAUGAUGACAGUCCAUAUGUAUGAUGACAUUCUGUGCUUUU